AUGGCAAAAUUAGUUGUUUUCGAGCUUGUUUUUGUAGCCCUUGUCGUAGCCUUUGCUUCUGCGCAAAAAACCAUCAUCCCACUAUCAUCCACCCGUGAAAACACCCUAGCCCGCACAUGCGGCGAAAGGAUCCGUGGACGAAACUUCAAUUUUUGUCAUAGUUACGUCGCACGAGCACUACCACAGAAAGGCCCACCUGUGCCGGGACAAAAAGAACGGUUGCAAGAACUCCAAAAACAAUGUUGCAAGCAGGUCAAAGAAUUCACACAGGAGUGCCAGUGUGAUGCUGUGAAAGAGCUUUACCUGCAAGUAAAACUGCAAGGCGGCCAGCCAAUGGAACAAGUCCGGCAAAUUGUUCAAAAACUGCCCGAUACAUGCAAAUUACAAAUAACGCAAUGCCAAAUCCCAUCUCGUGUGUAA